AUGGAGACGGGUAGUGGUAAGACACAGAUCGCUAUCCUUCGGAUACAAGCAGAGCUCGAACGAUGUCCUGAGGGCAAGAUGGUCUGGUUUCUUGCUCCUACUGUGGCUCUAGCUACCCAGCAACAUGCAUUCAUAUCCGAUCAAUUGCCUGCAUUUCAAACAACGCUACUUUCUGGAGCAGACGGUGUUGAACACUGGAGCACACAAGCGAUCUGGGAUUCGAUCCUCUUGAAUAUACGCAUCGUUGUUUCGACCCCUCAGGUUCUGUUAGAUGCACGAUCAAGAGGAUUCGUCCAGUUUUCUCGUAUAGCUCUCCUCAUAUUUGACGAGGCUCACCAUUGUGCUUCUUCGCACCCAAUGAACGAUAUCAUGCAGAAGUUCUAUCAUCCGUUUAGGGAGUCUGGAGAUGCCUGCGAGCUUCCUAAUAUAAUGGCACUCACUGCGAGUCCAAUCAUGAAAUCGGAGCUUCAAAAGAACUUAAAUGCAGUAGUCAGAAGCCCGACUAUCCACCGAGAAGAGUUAUUACAAUAUGUUCAUCAACCAGAACUGGUGACAGUCCCGUAUCGAAAAGACCAGUUACUUUAUUCGCAACUGCUCCAAAGUCUUGGGAAGCUAGUCGCCGAGGCUUUCGACAACAUUGAAAACGACCCUGAAAUACAAAGAUUACGAAAUGCAGACGACCCGAAAAGCAUUGAUAAGUUAUCAGAUCUACUACUUUCACGAAAAACACCUUGUCAGAAAGAACUAAAUCGUUUCUUGCGCAGUUCUAUUGCCAUUCAUGAUGAGCUUGGCCCUUGGGCAGCUGAUUUGUUCAUAAGAGCAUGCAUCGAAAGAUUCUAUUCCGGUGUCCCUGAUGGACCUGGAAGUCACAUUCUGGUCGACUGGGAGAGUGAUGAAAAGAGAUAUGUUGCGAAUUUGUUGCCUCGAAUAGACCUUACUGAGGCGAGGCAAUGGUUGAGUGUCCCUGAUAUACUUUCAGAGAAAGCUAAUCUUCUAGUUCAAACAUUGGCCAGGGAAUUCGCUCCCGGGUUUCGUGUCAUCAUAUUCGCCAAAGAACGAAAUCAAGUUGUGAUGCUCACGCAUCUCCUCUCCGUUCAUCCUCUGAUGGACAAGAUUGUCCCUGGAUAUUUCGUAGGGAACAGCGGUUAUGCUUCUCGCAAAUCCAAACUUUCUGAAUUCUUUCAUAUCCGAGACCAGAAGAAUGCCAUCGAUGACCUCAGAACAGGCAAGAAGAACGCUCUUGUCGCUACCACGGUGCUCGAGGAAGGGAUAGACAUCUCUGCGUGCAACCUCGUUAUUUGUUAUGAUAGCCCAAGCGACCUAAAAGGUUUCGUUCAGAGGCGAGGCCGAGCUCGGAUGCGUGGCUCUAAAUUCAUAAUGUUCCUGGAAAAAGAUGAUCGAAAUGCACAAAAGAGAUGGGCAAUGAUGGGAGAAGCAAUGAAGAAGCUAUAUUCCGACAAUAAGAAUCGGAUAGAGGAGAUCCAAAACAGGGAGAGGAUCGAGGAACAAGGCGAUGAAGCAUUCACUGUUCCUUCAACGGGUGCACGCUUGGACUAUGACAACGCGCGUCCAUAUCUUGAGCACUUUUGCUCUACCGUAUCCUACUCGUACGCGGAUAAUCGACCUGAAUUCAUCAUGAAUAAUUACUUUGGAGAUGAUGGCUUGGUAAAGGCGACGGUGGUCCUCCCCGGAUUUCUUGAUCCCAGUCUUCGAGAGAUCAGCGGUAAAAGAUUAUGGAUGACUGAAAAAAAUGCCAAGCGAGAGGCAGCUUUUCAAGCCUAUCUUCUACUUUACCAAGCCGGUCUCGUCAACGAUAACCUGAUGCCAAAACACUGUGAGAGACGGUCAGACACAGCCAGACCAGGUGACAGUCGACCAAGCACUGUCCAAUGUCAAUCAUGUAUAAAUCCCUGGAUAGAUAUUGGAAGACUAUGGACAGCGCCGGUGUCUCCAGCUAUAUUCGAGACGGAAGUAAACUUCUCACCCAUGGAGUUUGGAGUGCCCUCCCUAUUGAUACUUACGCCAAUCCGCCUCCCCGUUGUGCCCCCUUUCAAGCUGUACUGGAAUCAAGACAUGACUCUGACCGUGACUUUGAAGUCGAGACAUUCCAGUUUUCCAUCAGAAUUGAUUGGGCACGCUGUCGAUACUACAUACCAACUGCUACACUCUGCUUUCCCUGCUCGUGUUGAUGACAGUCGUACUGACUUCCCGGCUCUAUUUGUGCCGAAUCUCUCUGCACUGGCCCAUUCAAUCGGGCCAUGGCUUACUUCUGUCAAGGGUAUGUUAAGUGCCGAAGACAUACGGAUAUCUGACCCGGAUGACUUUAAGGGAUUAGGGAUUGCGAGAGACAAUGGAAGAUAUGGGCGCCCUUUUAUCAUCGAGGAAGUGUUGUGGAAGGCCCCUACCAUCUGUGGGGAGGAUGGCCCCAAAGAUGGACAAAUCAGUGGCGAUAGUGAAGAACAACCACAGAUGCACAUUCAAGGUACUGUCUUACCGAAACGCACUGAUUUCCUUCAUCCGGUUGCUAGCAACAAGGAGGCACCCAUCCACCAUACAUCCAAACAUUGUGCGCUAGCUCGAGCUUGCUCGGUUGAUCGUCUACCUGUUGCAUACGCGAGGGCUGCACUUUUUAUACCGUCUAUUAUUCAUGAGAUUGAGGUCGCCCUUCUGGCCCAGAAAUUGUCCUGUACAUUACUGGCUUCUGUUGGGUUUGACGACUUAUCUCUGGUAAUGGCUGCGAUCUGUGCAUCGGCUGCAAGAGAACAAAUAGACUAUCAGCGUCUGGAGUUCCUAGGAGAUAGUGUUCUGAAGUUCACUACUGCGGUUCAAAUAACGGCCGCAAAUCAGCUAUGGCACGAAGGCCUUUUAUCUUGUGAAAAGGAUAAGCUCGUCUCCAAUGCUCGCCUGUCAAGAGCGGCGCUCAAUACAGGGCUAAAUGAAUACAUUAUCACCAGUCCAUUUACCGGUAACAAAUGGCGUCCAAGUUACAUCACUGAUCUUAUCAAACCAGUCAUGGAAACUGAUGUCCCAAGAGAAAGGGAGCUAUCCACAAAAGUACUUGCAGACGUCGUUGAAGGACUCAUUGGAGCAGCAUUUAUUGACGGUGGUGUGGGAAAAGCUAUCCGAUGUCUUCGCCUGUUUCUUCCAGAUUUCGAAUGGUGGCCCUUGGAUGACAGAAUAAACCAGCUGUACGAUGCUGUUCCUGAAGAGUCUAGGGCUUUCUCUCAUCUAUCGCAAGUCGAACGAGUCAUCGGGCAUACCUUCACGAAAAGGGCACUUCUAGUCGAGGCACUGACGCAUCCCUGUAGCCGAGAUGACUAUAUGUCCUACCAAAGACUGGAAUUCUUGGGCGACUCCGUGUUGGAUCAUAUCGUUACGCGAAUGCUUUUUAGUUCCGGAGAGAUACCUCAUGCGGAAAUGCAUGUCAUGCGCACAGCAUUAGUCAACGCAGACUUCCUAGCAUUUCUCUGCUUGGACACCUCGCUAGACGAAACUCGCUGGGAGAUAACCAACCCAGAUAUGCCUGGCGAAUCCAUGAAGGAGAUAAUCCGGAAAACAUACCUGUGGCAAUUCAUGAGGCAUUCAACUUCACCAGAGAUAAAAGCAGCUCAACAGACCACAUCAGCAAGGUUUAUGGAACACCGCCAAGAGAUCUACGACGCACUGUACAGUUCAGAAACCUAUCCUUGGGCUCUCUUGUCACGGCUAGAGGCAGAUAAAUUCUUUUCCGAUCUAAUCGAGAGUCUUCUUGGAGCUAUAUUUGUUGAUUCUCACGGAUCCAUGGACGCAUGCCACCACUUUCUCGAGAAGAUAGGUCUUUUGCAAUACAUGCAACGGAUCUUGAGCGUGAAAAUAGAUCUCCUUCACCCGAAGGAACGAGUGGGCCAUGCCGCACAAUCAUCACGGGUAUCUUACAAUACCAGGAAGGAGAAUAUACCAGAUCAUGAAAAUGAGAUGGGAUACAAAUGGCUAUGUAGUGUGAGUGUGGGGGAUGAGGUCAUAGUCGAACUGACCGACGGAGUGAAUCCCAUCGAAGUUGAAACGAGAGCUGCAGCUACAGUUGUUGAUAUCCUCAGAAAUAGACGCGAUGCGGCCGUCGAGACCACACAAUGA